CUUAUCAUGAGUGUGCGAUCAUAAAAACACGAGGGUCUGCCGCACCAUCCGUGUCUGUCUGCCUUGGCGCCACACUCUGUCCUUUGACCGUCUGCCUGGUGUAUGGGGCCGAUCGAGAUGUCUCUGUACAACUCUCUCUCAUCGCAACAACACACGGAAGAGCGACAGGCAGACAGACAGAUGGUGCGGCAGAGCCCGACACAGGCAGCGCAUCCAGCGGCGGCAAAGAGAGAGUGAGCAGGGGAGUCAAAACCACUCACAUCUGACCGACAGACAGACAGGCAGACAGGGAAGGAGGGAGGGAGGGAGCAUUCGUCCAGACAUGCAGGCAGCAGUCUGUCUGUCUGUCUGUUGUUAAGACUAUCCUAACACGGCCACCUCUUACUCGUCCACUCACUCAUGUGGUCAUCUUGGUGUCCUCCUCUCGCGGCCUCUUGGCCUGCUGAUCAGCCCCGCCCUCGCACUCCUCACGCUGUUGCUGCUGCUGGCCAUCCAUCUCUUCUCGCGGCCGCUUCGUACCGCGGCGACCCUGAACAGUGACGCAGCACACGCAGACAUAGAGCGGUGACAAGGCCAUGUGUGCCACUUGUGGCAAACAAUCCGUCAUCAUCAGGCCAUGCAUACUGACUAUGUGGUGUACCUGGUCUUCGAGUGUGAUGAUUCUCUCGCGGAGCUGCUUGUUCUCGGCCUCCAAACGCCGCCGGUCGGCCGCCUCCUGUGCCGCAAACAGACACAUACAGACAGACAGACAGACAUGCUUACAGAGCCCAUAGAGGCGACAAACACAGCCGAUUUUGGCUGACCUGGGUGGCGCUGUUGAUGAGAGCGUUGUAUAGCUGCUUGAAGUGGUCGUCCUGUUGUGCGUCGACCGCUUCCUUGAGGGCGUCCUCGAAGGCCUCUUGGACUUCUGGCGGGAGGGUGGGCACGAUGGGGAGGACGGCAGGCAGCACACUGAAGCUCUCGCGGAUGGCGUCGCCCGUCAAGUUCUCGCCAAUGGUAUCAUAUUUAGACUGGGGCACAUCCUGGAUGGCCGCAGAGAAGAAGAGGCUGAGGGGCAGUCUGUAGUACGAUGCGUUUGUGAGGCAGGAAACCAGGUUGAGAGCGAUCUCACGAUGAAUCGACCUGCAUAUACAACACAACACGACACACAGGGGAGACGGCUUAGUCUCAUGUUCGUGCACUUUGCGUGUCUGAUUCUUUCUCACAUACCUGGCCAUCCAUGAGUGUCACGCCCGCCCAGUGUCCGUCCCUGGCGCAUAGCCUGAGAUAGUGGAAGGCCAGGGUGCGCAUGGGAAAGAACCGCACCGUCACCUUCAUCUUCACCUCCUUCAGCCUGGCGUCCCCCUUGAGUGCCUCAGCCGAGAUGUUGGCCUCCUGGACACCCAACGGUUGCUCUGUCCCGAGCAGAAUGAACGAGAAGACGUCAACAGAAGCACCUUCCUCGCCCAUCUCGAUCCUCGUCCCCACGUUGAUGACCGGAGGCUCAUGAAGCUUGACGGACGAGGGACGACGGGAGUCGCCAGCUGCCGGUUGCGUCGCUGCCGUGCCCUCAGCAGCACCGCAGGGAACCUCCAAUGAGAAGUCGGCGCCGAAACACGACACAAAUGUCUCCUUUGCCCUUGAUCCAAGAGAGUCCGGCAUAAGCGUGCCGAUACGGACAUUCCAGCCGCGAACGUCGCCGACUUUCGCAUCAGCAUCGCGCGGGGCAUCGGCUGGAGAGUCCCAGGGAAAGGGGGGGCCGUGACGCAGCCCGGCCACAUCGACGAAGAUGUUGCCGCGCUCGAUGGAUCCCCUCUUGCCGUCGUCGAAGGGGUGUGUCGUAUACGACGCAGACGAGGUGAAGAUGUCCUGCUCGAAAACGGCACCUGUGGACAAGACAAGAGGAUGUCAGACGGUGGUGGACGACUCCAUGUCGGUGGGCUUCUCACUAUGUGCGUCAGAGAGCCCUGGGCUUCCCGUGGCCUCGGUGAUGAAGGUGCUCAGCUCGUGGCAGGGCAUAUCAAUGCGCCCAUACGAGAGCUCGUCAUCGACGGUGCCCACCAGGCUCACGGCCGCCUUGCUCGCGUCGUCCUCUGCCUCCCCUCUCUCACACCGACGCCACUGCGCCCGGAUGAGCUGAGGCGCCUUGAGCAGACAGGGCAGCAGGCCGACGCGAAUGUCCUUGUGGCGGUGAAUGAAGCGGGCGAUGAAGGCGUAGCGGGCGAAGCUGUCCAGCAGGCUGGCUACUGGCCAGCUGCUCAUCUCGCAGCCAGCCGCCAUGCACCACCUGAACCAAAGCAAAGACCCUUCAGCAGGCAAACAAGAAGCGGUAACCUCCCUUCUCCAGCUUACCCGUCGGUGGAUGCGCCAGAGGAGACUCUGUGUGCUGCCCGGGGUGAAGAUCUUGUCGGUGUCGAAUUGGAGGUAUUCGAGUGCGAUCAUCGCGUCCAGCAGGUUGUCCUUGGUCAGCGAAUUCACUAUGUCAAUCUCGUGUUGGAGCACCACCACACCGACGGCUCGAGUGACCUCCUUGAUGCGGACCUCUCGCUGCUGCGACUCCUCAAACGCACCUUCCAGCACCUGUUGGUUGAUCCACCAAACAUGACAGAAGCAAAAGAAGAAAUCAGCCGAUGAAUCAUCUGUCAUUCUUUCGUCUGCCUUGUGUGUGUGCUUCCUUCCUCACUUGCUGCAAGUACUUGAACGGCCGAGCAAUGCCCUCAUGCACUUUCAAAGGCGCGUCUGCUUCACCGUCGUCGGGGAAGCGCACGGUGAUGGUCCGCUCUGUGAGGCUGUCCAUUGCGAUGAAUGAGAGUGAAGGGAAAUGCAAAGCGAAGCAGUAUAGCCGUUCUCCC